ACCCAACCCAAACCAAUCCGAUUGUUUACAAAUCCCUUUGAAAAAUACCAACAUUAUGUGAUGAUAAUAACACACACCAAGGAGACAACUCCACUGAAUACCACUUAUAUCUCCGGCAACUCUUUUUUCAUUUUCCGGCCACUCCUUUAUCCUUUUCCGGCGUCUCUUCUUUUACCAACUCCGUCAUGCGUAGAGAUGGAUACGGCAAGCUAGUGGUGGCGCUCUUCCUUGCCGCAACCACCACCGGGGCCGUGUUGGCCGCCAUUAAACAUCGUCGCCGGAAAAACUCAAGGUCAUUGAAGCCUGAAAUUGUCGGAUCCAGCCAUUUUAGAAGGGUUGAAAAGUUUUCCAACUAUGUUGCAAGGCAACUUGGAUUCAAAGAUGGAACCGAGUGUCCCGAAUUAUGUAAAUUGACUUCGGAUUAUGUGAGAGGCUCAAAAGGGUUUAAAGAUGGCCUUUACGUGUAUUUUUCAAACGAAAAGGAUGUAGACUCACUUUGUGAAAAACUUGAAGAAGAACUUGAAAGAUGCGUUCUUGGCUAUUUUGCUUUCAAUUGGAGCCAAACUUCUAUUGUGAUCAAUCAGGUGUUGAGCGAUGGAUCUGAUGAGAGGAAGCUUAAAAACAUGGUGUUGACAGCAACGAGAAAACAAAGAUUUGAAAAAAUUACAAAGGACUUGAGAGUAACAAGAGCAUUCUCAACAAUCAUGGAGGAAAUGAAAGUGAUCGGAACUAAAACCCCAAAAAAGGGCGAUGGCAGCAAUGAUGCCUUUGCCUCCACAGAGAUGAAUGGGCCGGAGGUUCACGGAGUCAGAAGCCCGGUGAUUCUUUUCAUGGGUGGUGGAAUGGGUGCUGGAAAAAGCACUGUUCUCAAAGAAAUUCUUAAAGAAGGAUUUUGGUCGGAGGCAGCAACAAAUGCGGUGGUGGUGGAGGCCGAUGCCUUCAAGGAGAGGGACGUAAUUUACAAAGCCCUUAACUUAAAGGGCCAUCACAAUGACAUGCUUCCAACCGCUGAAUUGGUGCAUCAAAUGUCCACAGACGCAGCUUCGUCAGUAUUAGUAACAGCAUUAAACGAUGGGAGAGAUGUGAUCAUGGAUGGGACAUUGGCAUGGGAACCAUUUUUUGAGCAAACAGUUGCUAUGGUAAGAAACAUUCAUAAUCAACGUUAUCGAAUGGGUAUCGGCUACAAGGUCUCAGAAGAUGGAACAAUUAACGAGAAUUAUUGGGAAAAAGUCGAAGAUGAUGAUGAAGAAGAAGAAUUUAUACCGAAGAAGACAUAUAGAAUUGAGUUGGUUGGUGUGGUUUGUGAUCCUUUUUUAGCAGUCACAAGAGGCAUUAGGAGGGCAAUAGCAGUGAAAAGAGCAGUGAGGGUGAAUUCACAACUGAAAUCACACAAGAGAUUUGCAAAUGCAUUUCUAAAGUAUUGCAAUCUUGUGGACAGUGCAAAGCUCUAUUGCACCAAUGGAAUUGGAGCGCCUCCAAAGCCGAUCGAAUGGAAAGGUGUCGAUUGCAAUCUAAUGGAGGAUGAUCCUGAUCAAAUUAAAUGUUUGGAGUGUUUGAACAUAUUAAAAGAUAUCAAUGAUGAAGCAGAUUCCAUCAACGAGCUUUAUGCAGACCCUAAAAUGUUAACAAAUUCGGAUUCUGUAUGGAAUAAACUUGUCAUGAUACCGACAAGAACAGAUCUUCAACGUGAUUUGAAAAUUGUGAUAGAGAGAAUUGAAAUGUCAAAAUCAUGGCUUUAAUGUAUGAGGCGAUAAUGUGGAUUUCCUUGUAUUU